UUGAAGCUCGAAACAGUUUUUGAAGCGUCUCUGCAUUUGUGCAGUCUGUAAAAUGGCAGAAGCCAGCAUUUCAUGGGUUCAGGAUCAGUUCAGCUGUUCAAUCUGUCUGGAUCUACUGAAGGAUCCAGUGACUAUUAACUGUGGACACAGUUUUUGUAUGAGCUGUAUUACAGACUGCUGGAAUCAGGAGGAUCAGAAGAGAGUUUAUAGCUGCCCUCAGUGCAGACAGACCUUCACUCCAAGACCUGCUUUAGGAAAGAAUGUGAUUCUUGCUGAGAUGGUGGAGAAACUGAAGAAAACUAAACUUCAGACUGAUCGAGCUGCUCCCAGUUAUGCUGGACCUGAAGAUGUGGAGUGUGACGUCUGUACUGGGAGAAAAUACAAAGCUGUCAAGUCAUGUCUGGUGUGUCUGAACUCUUACUGUCAAACUCACUUUGAAUAUCAUGAGGAAUUUCACUCAGGUAGACGACACAAUGUGAUCGAUGCCACUGGAAGACUUCGGGAGAUGAUCUGCUCUCAACAUGACAAACAAUUGGAGAUCUACUGUCGCACUGACCAUCAAUGCAUUUGUUAUCUUUGUACGAUGGAUGAACAUAGAAAUCAUGACAAUGUCGCAGCUGUAGUAGAGAGGAGAGAGAAACAGACAGCUUUGGAGGAGAUACAGAGAAUUUUCCAGCAGAGAAUCCAGGAGACACAGAAGAAGCUUCAGGAGCUGAGAGAAUCUGUGAAGUCUCACAAGCGCUCUGCACAGACAGCAGUGGAGGACACUGAGAGGAUCUUUACUGAACUGAUCCGCUCCAUUGAGAGAAGACGCUCUGAGGUGAUACAGCUGAUCAGAGAUCAGGAAAAGACUGGAGUGAGUCAAGCUGAAGGACUCUUGAAGGAAGUGGAGCAGGACAUUGAUGAUCUGAAGAGGAGAGACACAGAACUGCAACAGCUUUCAGAGACAGAUGAUCACAUCUAUUUCCUCCAGAGUUUCCUGCCUCUCUCUACACCUCCAGGAUCUACAGACAACAUCACUGUCAGUUCUCCCCUCUCUUUUGAUGACGUGAGAAAUUCUGUCUCUCAACUCAAAGAGAUAGUGGAGGAUUUCUGUAAAAAAGAGAUUGAUCGGAUAUCUGCCAAAGUUUCGUACAGUGAAAAUAUUCCCAAUGGACUCAAUAGCAGAGCAGAGCUCCUACAAUAUUCACGUCAGUUCUCUCUGGAUCCAAACACAGCACAUAAAAAUCUCUGUCUGUCUGAAGGAAACAGAGCGGCUACUUGCACUGGAACAGCCCAGCAGUAUCCUGAUCAUCCAGAUAGAUUUGAUUAUUAUUAUGAGGUGUUGUGUAGAGAAAGUGUGUGUGGACGCUGUUACUGGGAGGUCGAGUUGAGUGGGAUUGACAGUGUGAGUAUAUCAGUGUCAUAUAAGAACAUCAGCAGAAAGGGAAAUACAGAUGAGUCUAAAUUUGGAUAUAGUGAUCAGUCCUGGAGAUUUUUAUUUACUCCAUCCAGGUACUCAUUCUGGCACAAUAAAAUACAGACCAAUGUCCCAGUAGUGUCCAGUUCUUCUAGAAUAGGAGUGUAUGUGGAUCACAGUGCAGGAAUUCUGUCCUUCUACAGCGUCUCUGACACAAUGACCCUCAUCCACAGAGUCCACACCACAUUCACUCAACCUCUCUAUCCUGGGUUCUGGUUAAAUCUGGGCACUUCAGUAAAACUUUAUUAGGUAGCCUAUUAACAUGACCUAUGUGGAUUUUUCUUCAAGUAAUGUUGUCAUAUCACAGGUAUGAGCUGCAAAAUAAGUUAUGUGCUAUUUUUAAUUCUUUAAUUAACACAUUUGCUUAUUAUCAAUAGUUAUUAAAGCGUUUUAUAUUGUAUUAUGAUGCGGUAAUCACAGAAAUAAUAUCUGUCACGGUCCUGCCCUCCGGUUCAGGUUUUCUAGUCUUGUGUCAGGAUGGCAGUACCCUUGUGUUUAGUGUGGAUAGAGACAUGGCAUUGUUUGUUUUGCCAUGCCAUGCGCUCUCUCCGGUCUCGUCUUUGUCCCCACCCUCUCGUUCCCUAAUUAGUGAUUGUAAUGAUUUCAUUGCCCGCACCUGUUCCCCUCUUGAUUUGGUGCCCUAUUUAAUGCCCUUGUGUUUUCUGUCCUGUGCCUGUUCGUUUGCUAUUUUGCCUUGUUCGAAGACAUUGCGUCUUAUCUUGCUUAUCCUGUCAAGUCAUAGGGUGCGUUCCACUUCACUUUUAGACAGACCCUUGCAAACUUCCCUAAGCACUUCCCCUCGGGGAAUCCCCGCCGCCAUUUUGAAGUGCGUUCCACUUUGUGAAGUGAACCAGAGAAGUUUAUUUGGACAGACCCUCGUUCCCUCGAUUUUCACCAAGGGAGCGAGUCUACUUCAUGUGUACACUUCAAGCUGCUCUAUAUCCCAUAAUUCAACUUGAUGUGACGUCACAGCAGAUCGCUCAACUGUAAGUCUAUGGUGUAUUCAUUUUUUUGUGAAUGAAACAUAUAAUAACGUAUAUUACAGAUAUUGUGAGAUUUAAUUGCAUCAUGCGUCUAGCUAGCUUAGCCUAUGUUUAAUGUCAAAGUUUAUAUACUACUGAUGUUAUGAAUGUGUAAUUUUAUUUUUCUCCAAUAGCUUAUUGUGAGUUCUGGAUUUGCCUGUGUCCCUACUGUUUGUAUUAAUCUAUUGUGUACUAUAUCCUGAAAUGCCAUGUUGAUAUACCAUGUUGUUUUCAAGUGACACUGAGAGUUACGACUCAAAGUGCCUUUACCAUUGCUUUGCCAUUGUCUAGUAGGAGUUCUAUAAACAGAUGUAUUUAAAACAAGGAACUCAUGUACUACUAAGCUAAGCACAAAUUAUUAACAAUAUGUGUUGUGAUUUUCCAUCCUCCGCAUGCCUAUGUCUAAAUCGGAGCAUUACCUCACUUCCUCAUUUAUCGGAUUUAUUGGACCCUUCCUCAAUAAAGAUCUGACUUUGAGUGA